AAUGAAACUGAAACAAGUGAAGAGGACAUAUCAGAUAAUGAUCCAGAAUAUGUUCCAGCUUCAGAAACCGAUUCAGAAGAUGAUGAACCACCAAGCAGAUUGGCAAAAUCUACAGUUCUGGCAGAGAAAGAAUCAUCAGUGAUGGAUAUAAGUCACAUCAGUGGAAUAACUGCAAAUGAAACAUCCGCAAACACAACAGACUCAACAACUAUUGCAAAGAAGGGGUUGAAUUUUUGCUUUGUUUGCAAAAAAGCUCAUUUUAAAAUAGCUAGACAUUUUAAAGUUCAUGUUAAGGAAAAUGCAGAGAUCGCCAAAGCUUUGAGUUUCCCUGCAGGCUCAAAAAGUAGAAAGGAGUGGCUAGAGAAACUUAGAAACAAAGGAAACUUCAUACAUAACUAUGAGGUGCUGAAAGAUGGAGCUGGUUCGCUUAAAGUCAAAAGAAGAGCCAAGGGUGACUUUAAAAAAUAUGAAUAUUGUCUCCAUUGUAAGGGCAUGUUUUUGAGAGCAGAGCUAUGGAGACACAUGAGAAGGUGCCCUUCAAGACCAACGGACCAUGACCACCAAGGCAGGAAGAGAAUACUUGGCUUAGCAUCAGUAGCCAAAUCAACAUGUUCAAGCGCUGUUGAAGAAGGGGUGCUUAAGAUGUUAAGCCGCAUGCACGAUGAUGAAAUUGCUGCACUUGUUCGCAAUGACUUUUGUCUUUUAAGAUUUGCAGAGUCCCUUUACAGUAAACAUGGACAUGAUCCCUCAAAACACGACUAUAUUCGGCAAAAAAUCCGCCAGCUUGGCCGAUUUCUACAGACAAUGCGCAAGAGGUCUCCAGUCCUAACUUUAGAGGAUGCGGUUAAACCAUCAAAUUUCCUGAAUGUGAUUGAGGCUGUGAAGGAAACUGCAGGGUUUGAUAAGAACAAUAACAUCUAUAAGACUCCAAGUCUUGCAUUAAAAAUCGGCCACUCCCUGUUGAAAGUAAAUGACAUAAUUCACUGCCAUGCCCUCAUGGCUGAAGAUGAAAACCUAGUGAAGUCCUCAGAUGCUUUCCAAAAGCUUUAUCGGGCUAAGUGGUCUGAAUACAUUUCACACAGUGCUUUAAACACGAUUAGUGAUUUAAAAUAUAACAAGCCAACGAAACUUCCACUUACCGAAGACAUCAUGAAGCUUAACAAGCAUCUUGAUGAAAAGGCAAAGUCAGCAACUGCAGCACUGGAGAAGGCAGCAACACCACAGAAUUAUUCCAAUGUUGCAAGAACAACGCUGACCAAGAUUGUGCUUUUCAAUAGGAGACGAGUAGGAGAAGUUUCAAAAAUGAAGCUAAAAAAUUUCCUGGAACGAGAUUGUUCAAUUACACAAAAAGAAAUGAAUUUAUCGGAGUAUGAACAGAAAUUGUGCAUGUACUUUGAGCGGGUCGAGCUCAAGGGAAAAAGGGGAAGAAAAGUGGCAGUGUUGCUGACUCCUGAAAUGACGAAGUCCUUAAAUCUGAUGAUUAUGAAGAGAGAGCAGUGUGGUGUGCCCAACAAGAACGAGUAUUUAUUCGCCAUUCCUCACUGCCUCACGUGCUACAGGGGACAUCAGUGUCUUAGGAAGUUUGCAGAUGAAUGUGGUGCCCAAAAACCUGAUUUUUUACGAUCUACUCAGCUGAGGAAAGAAAUCGCAACUACUUCUCAGAUGUUGAAUUUAAAGAACAACGAAAUGGAUCAGCUGGCGGACUUUUUGGGUCACGACAUAACAGUGCACAGACAGUUUUACCGUCUUUCUGAGGCCACCAUACAGAGUGCAAAAAUUUCCAAGCUGCUUCUUGCCCUUGAGAAAGGAAAGCUGCAUGAGCUACGAGGAAAAACGCUUGAUGAAAUUGGAGAUUUCACAGAUGAUGAUGACGACGAUGAGGAUGAGAGUGAUGAAGAUACAACCCUGGACACAGAAACUGCAGAUGAAAUUAAUGGUAUGUAUUUUAAACGCUAACAAAAACGUUUUGGCAUACUAGAGUAAAGAUUUCCUUCUUUUCCGUACUAACAUGGUCUGCAAUAGGU